AUGAGAUUAAUUUAUUCAAUAUUUUUAGUUUUAUUUUUAAUUCAUUUUUGUUUAUCUACUGAUCAAGUCAACAAGGUUGGCGAGGAAGUAGAUGAAAAUGAUUUCUGUAUUCCCAUCUUUGGCCAUAAAUGUACUUCGCCACCCGCCCCAACUAAACCUCCACCACCAACUCCACCACCAACUCCACCACCAACUCCACCACCACCUCCACCUCCUGUUCACACCACCACAGGUAUAAUCAAUUUUCCUUCACUCACUGGAUUGUCUGGACAAGUUCAAUUGAUUCCAACUUUAACUGGUCCUAUCUUAAGUCCACCAAUAUCACCACCAACAAAUCCUGCCGUACUUCCUACUUCACCAUCUAUCCCAACUACCAAGCCAGUCACUCCAGUUCCAACUCCACCACCUCCUCCUCCAACUACUAAACCGGUCACUACACCAGUUCCAACUAAUAAACCAGUCUCUGCACCAACCCCAACUAAACCAGGAGCCACACCAGAACCAACCAAGCCAAGUACUCUUUCCUUUAUUAUUAAUGCUCUCAAGGGUGGAGAUAUUUCACAACCAUUUUUAGAGGCAAUCAACAAAUUCUUUAAAGAACAUUCUGCUUUGAAAGGAUUCCUGGAAUUCUUUUUCAAAUUUAAAUUCCCAACUAAAAACGUAGUAGAACUUCGUGAUAUGGAAGAGCUUGCAGUUUCUCUCAAUAUGGAUUUGACAGAUCCAGAAAUCUAUAAUGAUCUUGAAUUUGCUCAAAAAUUCAUUAAUGAUGUAUUACAAUAUCUUAAUACUCCAACUGAAAGUUUACAUUUACAAACAUUAAAUGAAGAUCUAAAUAUAUGA